UCGCCAUUUCAGCCACCUGACGUUUGAAAUCAGGCUGCGCACCAAAUUUGAAAGCAGUAAAACGCUGUUGGGGCUCACGGUGAAGGAGCUGCGAUUUUCUGAGCGGCUUUAAUUGAAUAAAACACGGUUAUAUAGUGUGACAGACUCAGAGAACAGAUGGACUUUGACCCAUCUGGUUUUCCGAGGAUGAUGGCUGAUGAUGAUUUCUGCUCAUUGGCUGACGAGAAGUUCGAUUUUGAUGUUCCCUUUUCACCAGAAAGUUCCAAAGAGGAAGACUGUGUUGAAGAUGAGGUCUUUCUGGGUCCAGUUGGUCAUAUGGAGAGAUGUGUUUCACAUGUUGUGGCAAAUAAAGUGAAAGACAGUGUAAGCAGUGGGCCCUCUGUGGGUGAGGAACCCAGCUGGAGCCCCUUGCUUGAGGAGAACUUUGAGGAGAUUCGUAAAGAAGCUCAUCUUCUAGCCAGUCAUCUUGAGGAAAGCAGUACGGACCCAGUAACAAAAGACAUUACUGUUGCUUCCAGUUUGCCUGAAAACAAAGAACGGUUUGAAGCAGACACCUCAGCCAAACUGGACAUGUUCAGCAAGCCUGCUGAUGCACUUAGCCCAAUUAAGAGGGAAACCUUCUGUGUUCAGGACAGCCCAAUGAAGCAGCUUCCACCAGCCAUCCAGAAGCGGCUUCAGAAGGUAUGCGUCAUGUCAGGUGGCAAACCACGUCUCAGCACUUCCAGCCCUGUAAGACAUACUGAGACACAGCCUAAAGGGGCCUCCCGUGGCAGAAGUAUAGUGGCCAGUAAUAGGGUACUUCCCAGCAAACCCACGGCCGUGGUAAACUCCAGACUAUCCUCUUGCACUCGACCAGCAGCCCCAAGCAAAACUCGACUCCCUGCACCCAGCAAAAGUUCGUUUGGCCUGAAGCGAAGUCCUGGCAGUAGAAACACAAGCAGAGCAGGCUCUACUGAAGACCUUCUGUCUGAUACAGCUAGUGUUGCAUCUGAUGUGAGCGAUUCUUCCUUCAACACAAGUCUGCCAGUAAAGAGGGUCCUCCCAACAUCAAAGAAGCCUGAUGUAAGAGGUGGACCUGUGUGUAAAGCUCCUGCCCUGCACAACAGGCGAGUAGUGGACCGAAGCCGAAACACAUCAUCCUCCUCUUCUUCUGUGUCUAGUAUCAAUUCCAGCCUUUCUGUAUCUCCAACAUGUAAAGGUAAACUCAAUUCCUCUCUGAACACCAGUGUAAGUAGCAUCAGUGGCCGUGUUCCUAACAGUGCCAGUAGGCUUCCUAACUCCAGCCGAAAGUCAGGAGUCAUUAGUAGACCUGUGGAAUCCUCUGUUGGGAGACGAACAUCUCUGUCCACACAACUCAGGAAAAACUCGGAACCCCUUCCUAAACCUGUCAAGGCCACCCCAAUUAAGAGACCAGAGCCUGCAUCUUCUAUCCAGCACCAGACACCUGCUAAAAGGACCAUGGAGAGGACAGUGUCUGUGCCUGCCUUAACCAACAAGGUCAUGAACAGUGUAAAAGCGAAUUCAAAUUCAAAGGCUUUUUUAGCACCGACUCCAACUAACUCUGUAAAAGGAGUGCGUCGAUCUGAAGUCAUCUCAUCUCCUGAUGUCCCUCGAAUUAUGAAACCGAAAAGACUGAUGUCAUCUUGCAGUGUGGACAGUGUUCCUCUGACUCUUACAGUUCCUGCAACUCCAGGUCACCAGACCCCAUCAGCAGCAACUGGAGUACAGACUAAACUGAGUAGGCCGUCUGCUCUGCCCACACCUAUGGCCCGCCGAAUGUCUGGUAUACCCAUGCCCACACCCAAAAGCAUUCCUCGCCUCAGAUUAUCUCGCACCCCUGAGCCACAAUCACCAGCAUCUACCUCGGUGAUGAGUCAUGCAAGCCCAACUGGUCAGCUGAAGCAGACUGAGUUGCAGGGAGUCGUCAAGCAGUCAGUAACCACAGAGGAGUCUGGCACUCCAACUGAGCUUCAGCCCUGCUCUCUGGCCUUUAAUUUGGAGAAUGACUCUGAUAAACCCACUGUUUGUGAGGCAGCAGCAGUGGAGAAUACCCCCAUGGUGUCCUCAGAAAGUUUAGAAUGUAAGCAGCCCAGUCCUGCAAAAACGACACUCGUAAAGUCUGAAGAAGCCUUGCAGAAUAAGCCAGUGCUGCAAGAUGUCAAUGAGGUGCUGCUGGUGGAUGCACCUGCUCCUGUUUUAAAGCAGCAAGAAAAGAUCCUUAUUGAUCUCUCAAACACCCCAGACCUGAUUAAAACCAUCCCUAAUAAGGCUUUUGGUGGCCAGCUCAUCGAUCUGAGCUCACCUCUUAUAAAGUGGAGUCCAGAGGAAAAGAAAGAAAACCCAGUGAAGGAAGCCCUGCUAAUCGACUUAUCUUUUUAAAGGACCAAGUUCACAAAACCAGGAAAAUAAAAGUGCAAAUCAGAAACACUGUCUGUUAAUAAAGAGGAUAUGAGAGUGCAUAUGUGCCUAAUAAGACCCUAGAGAUAUAAUAAUGUAGAUUUUAUCUGUAUGUUUGAUCAUACACAGGUGAUUGUUUUAAUAUGAAAGAAAACUUUCCUUGUCCAUGUUGUUUGUUUAUAUUUGUUUGUUUGUUUUCCUCAAAAGGUACAAAUAAAAUAUCUUAACUUUAA